CGAAGAGCCGCGAUGGAGAGACGUGCGGUGUUGAUGGCAGGGAUGGCCGCCAUGGCCGCUGUCCUCUUAGCGAUAACAGCCAUGGUUGCUACUGCUCAGAACAGAUCUUCCCUCCUCCAGGUCGUUGUUCGCCGCCCAGCUCUUAUGCGAAUCCCAAGAGGAUCGAAGCUGUAUGAUGCCGCGCUUGAGCCCCUCUACACGGAGGGAGACAACGUCAUCAGCGCCUACAGCUGGCAGGACCAGCAUGGCAGUGAGUACGAUCCUGAGGCACAGAAUGUCUAUGCCGAUCUCCCCAUGGAGAGAGACAGCAUCUUUGAUCCGGAUGAUGAGUUCAGAGGCCUUGCACCCAAGGACAUGUCAAAGAGCUGCGACAAGUUUGGCUCGUGCGAGGAGCCAGUGAAUGCAUGGGCUGACCUGCCAGACACUGAGGCCAGAUCGAUGAGCUUCAGAUCUCCUUAUGUUGCGCCUCUCAACGCCUGGGAAGACAUGACCCUCGAUUAUUAACUGUUCGUUGACCACUGCGGUUGGGCAAGUACUUUGUUCUUGCAUUUUGUUUCAUACGCCUAAUACAACUGAACCGAAGCUUG